AUGCCUAGCACUAAAACGGUUGGCUACAAUCGCAUGCGUUUCUUAUUAAACUCUUUGGCCGACAUAAAUAGUCAACUGCAGGCUCUAGGCAAUACUGGUGGCGAGUUGGGUAAACUGUAUCUGUUUCAAGGCAACCCUACGGCUAUUUUUCGACGCUUGAAUGAGCACUAUCAGCUGAAUAAGAUCUGUUUCGAACAAGAUUGUGAACCAAUUUGGAAUCGGCGUGAUGACUCGGUGCGAGCCUUGUGCAGCGAACUAGGCAUUGAGGCUGUGGAAAAGGUCUCGCAUACGCUAUGGGACCCGCGCACCGUCAUUAGUACGAAUGGUGGAAUACCACCGCUAACAUACCAGAUUUGGCGUGAGUACUUUUAUACAAUGUCCGUAAAUAAUCCUAAUUACGAUCGCAUGGAGGGAAAUGCGAUCUGCUUGAGUAUUCCAUGGGCCAAGCCAGUUGCCGAUCAGUUGCAACGUUGGCGCAGCGGUCAUACGGGUUUUCCGCUAAUUGACGCGGCGAUGCGUCAAUUGCUGGCCGAAGGUUGGUUACACCACACGCUGCGCAAUACGGUGGCCACUUUCCUGACACGUGGCGCACUCUGGCAAAACUGGGAGCACGGCUUGCGGCACUUUCUCAAGUACUUGUUGGACGCUGAUUGGUCGGUUUGUGCAGGCAAUUGGAUGUGGGUUUCAUCGUCAGCGUUUGAGCGCCUACUGGACUCCUCAUUGGUAUCAUGUCCGAUUGCCUUUUCGAAGCGACUCGAUCCGAAAGGCGAAUACAUAAGGCAGUACGUGCCAGAGUUGGCAAAUGUGCCGCAGGAAUAUAUUCACGAACCUUGGCGCAUGCCUCAAGAGCUGCAGGAGCGCUACGAGUGUCUAGUUGGUGUGCACUAUCCUGAGCGUAUUGUCGACUUGGCUAAAGUAUCCAAACGGAAUACACUCGCUAUGCAAGCGCUCAGACAUUCAUUGAUUGCCGAAGGCGCACCAGACGAAGGACCACCCCACUGUCGUCCAUCCAACGAGGAUGAAGUGCGUCAAUUCUUUUGGUUGGUCGAUUGAGCGGCGAAGAUCUUAGCUAAAUAGUAGCAUGAAUCGAAUUUUAUGUGUAACUAAGAAAUUAUAUUGUGGAUUGGAUUAGACACUACAUACUCAGCAUGAAAUAUAUGUAAACCAAAAUUAUUCAAAGUAAAUCUGUGGUAUUC